UCUCUUUAGAACAGAGCUAAUACCAGUCACAGUUAACUUAUAUAUUGCUUAUUAAGACCAAAAGCGUCACUUUGACUUUAAUAAUGUCUGCACCAAAGAAAGGAGACCUGACCGACACAGAGAAAGAGCUACUUCUGGUUAUUGCUGCAGGUAAUGUGCAAGAAGCCUCCAGACUGCUUGGAUCCAAAGAUGUCAGGGUAAACUGUCUGGAUGAGUAUGGCAUGACCCCUCUCAUGCACGCUGCAUAUAAGGGCAAGGCAGACAUGUGCAAACUGCUGCUACAGCACGGAGCUGACGUCAACUGCAACGAACAUGAACAUGGAUACACCGCACUCAUGUUUGCAGGACUCUCAGGAAAGACAGAUAUCACCUGGAUGAUGUUGGAUGCUGGAGCCGAGACGGAUGCAGUGAACUCAGUCGGCAGAACAGCAGCACAAAUGGCUGCUUUUGUAGGGCAGCACGACUGUGUGACCGUAAUCAAUAACUUCUUCUCCCGUGCGAGGUUGGAUUACUACACAAAACCACAGGGACUGGAAAAGGAACCAAAACUCCCUUCUAAACUCGCUGGACCGCUACACAAAAUUAUCAUGAGUACCAACCUCAACCCAGUUAAGAUAGUGAUGGUGGUGAAAGAAAACCCUCUGCUGAUGGAUGUGGAAGCACUUGAGAAGUGUCGCAAGGUUCUGGAGCUGAUCUGUGAGAAGUGCAUCAAACAGCAGGAUAUGAAUGAAGUGUUGGCCAUGAAGAUGCACUACCUCAGCUGUGUGCUGCAGAAAUGUGGCUCUUUCCUGAAAGAUCGCCAGGACAAGCUUGAUGGCCUCAUCAAGAGUCUUAUGAAAGGGCGAGACAGUGACGGCUUCCCGGUAUUCCAGGAGAAGUUCCUCCGGGAGUGCAUUAGGAAAUUUCCAUACUGUGAUGCCACAUUGCUGCAGCAGCUGGUCCGGAGUAUCGCUCCAGUGGAAAUUGGAAGUGACCCCACCGCUCUGUCAGUGCUCACCCAGGCCAUCACGGGGCAGGUGGGCUUCAUGGACGCAGACUUCUGCACAUCCUGUGGUGAGAAAGGGGCAGAGAAAAGAUGCUCCAUCUGCAAAAUGGUGAUCUACUGUGGCCCGGCCUGUCAGAAGCUGCACUGGUUCAGCCAUAAGAAGGUCUGUAAGAUGUUACAGGAGCAGAGAGAGAAACAUGAAGCUGAUUCAGCAUCACGACUACAGAAACAGGCCAAAGCUGAGGAUGAUCAGGCAUUGGAGGAGACGACCGGCACUUUGGAGAAGCUCUCCAUCAGUCAGAGUGAGACCAUCAGCUCUUCAGAUAACCAAACCGAGGACAUUAACUCUGUGGCAGUCUCUGUUACUGCAGACUGAAUCACAACGACUCUCCAUUUCAACCCUGCAACCAUCAUUAUCAUCAUUGAAGACCCAUCUA